AUGAAAUUCACACUUCCUGCUUUUCUUCUCCUCGCUGCGGUAGCUACGGCCGAGUCCGUCCUCGACUAUAGCGACGGUCUCCCGCUCUGCUGCAGCAACACGGACAAGAUCGAGGAAGCGGGCGACGACGUCAUCCAGCAAGUGACCAGUGCUUUUGUCGGAGCGGGCGGUGGUGCCUGGGAUCUGGGUGAUCGGGUUGCGGGUGAAUGCAUCCCCGCCUUUCCUACGGACUGGAGCUACGAGCGCGAGAACUGUACGGACGGGUUGAAGCCGGUCUAUUGCAAGAAGCACGCUCACUGGACUUUGACCCUGAACGGAACAUCGGUCUCGAGGAACGUACACGGGCAGUGCCAUCUGUAG